CAUUCGGCUAAACUAUGGCGGAAUGUAAGAGUAGGCACGGCUACAGUAGCUGCAGUAAUCGACACAGAAAGAUGACCUUGCUAUGGCUAUUACUAAUGAUAUGUGCCUUCAGUGGGGACAGUGGUGGAGGAGGAGGGCCAGGCUGCUUCAUACGACUGGCGGUCGCCGAACAUGUGCGAGAGCUGGAAGUGUCGGAGGGUGUACCGAUUGGGCAUCAGAUCGGUUUUAUAGGAGAAUUCGUACACGACGAAAGCGGUGACAGUGGGCCACCGUACUUGAUCGUGCCGGUACCGGGCAGUGCGGUCGACACGGACCUAGCCAUCGAUCAUACGACUGGUGAGAUCCGGACGAAGGUGGCACUGGAUCGAGAAAACCGGUCGUCCUACUCACUAGUGGCCAUUCCACUGAGUGGCGAGAAUGUUCGCGUGGUGGUGCGAGUUCUGGACGAGAAUGAUAACGCACCCACCUUCCCAACGCCAAUCAUGAGCAUCGAGUUUCCGGAGAACACUCCCAGAGAUGUGAAGCGCACGCUAAAUCCAGCGCGGGACGCUGACCUCGGUCGCUACAAUACGCAGCGUUACAGCAUCGUCUCAGGAAACGUAAACAACGCGUUCCGAUUAUCUUCCCACCGGGAACGGGACGGAGUGCUCUAUCUCGACUUGCAGAUCAAUGGCUUCCUAGACCGGGAAACAACACCAGCCUACAGUCUGGUGGUGGAAGCACUGGAUGGUGGCAGUCCACCUUUGCGCGGACAGAUGACGGUCAACAUCACAAUUCAGGACGUCAACGACAAUCAACCGAUUUUCAACCAAAGUCGAUAUUUCGCCACCGUGCCAGAGAACGCAACGCUCGGCACCACGGUACUACAGGUGUACGCCACCGAUCAGGACGCGGGUGAGAAUGGUCAGGUCGAGUAUGCGAUCAACAGGCGGCAAAGUGAUAAGGAGCAAAUGUUUCGCAUCGAUCCAAGCACUGGACUCAUCUCCGUCAACAAACCGCUUGACUUUGAGACGCGCGAGCUGCAUGAAUUGGUCGUGGUGGCAAAGGAUCGCGGCAUGCAACCACUCGAGACAACGGCAUUCGUAUCGAUACGGGUGACGGACGUGAACGACAAUCAACCCAUCAUCAACGUCAUCUUUCUGAGUGAUGACGCCACACCGAAGAUAUCCGAGUCGGCACAGCCCGGCGAGUUUGUUGCCCGUAUCUCUGUCAACGAUCCGGACUCGCGCACCGAGUACUCCAACGUCAAUGUGACACUGUCCGGUGGCGAGGGACACUUCGGUCUGACGACACGCGACAACAUCAUCUAUCUCGUGAUUGUCUCGCUGCCGUUGGAUCGUGAGAUCAAGCCCAACUACACGCUCAGCGUCAUCGCCACGGACACCGGUAACCCGCCAUUGCAUGCGGCCAAGGACAUAUUCCUGACCGUUACCGACAUCAACGACAAUGCGCCCGAGUUUGAGAAGGACGUGUACCACGCCAACGUGAUGGAGGUGGCUGACCCGGGCACUUCCGUCAUCCAGGUAACGGCUGUCGAUCGGGACGAGGGCAACAAUUCGGCUAUUGUCUACUCGCUGCUGGACACCCCCGACACGCACUCGCACUGGUUUCAGAUAGACAGUCACUCUGGGCUGAUCACGACAAGGGCGCACAUUGACUGUGAAACCGACCCGGUUCCGCAACUGAUUGUGAUGGCACAGGACAACGGCCGGCCGCCUCUUUCCUCCACCGGUACAGUGCUCGUCACGAUACACGACGUUAACGACAACGAGCCAAUCUUCGACCAGAGCUUUUACAACGUGUCUGUUGCCGAAAAUGAAUCCAAAGGACGCUGUAUUCUCAAGGUAUCGGCUACCGAUCCAGACUGCGGCGUUAACGCAAUGGUGAACUACACCCUCGGCGAGGGCUACAAGAAGAACACCGAGUUCGAGAUCCGACCGAGCACCGGGGAAGUGUGCAUUGCCAGCGAGCUGGACUAUGAGACGCGCAAUUCCUACGAGUUUCCCAUCAUAGCGACCGAUCGAGGAGGUCUCAGUACAACUGCCAUGGUAAAAAUCCAGCUAACCGAUGUGAACGACAAUCGACCAACUUUUUACCCCCGCGAGUACAACGUAUCGUUGCGCGAGUCCAUGCCUACGAAUUCGCUUCUCUCUACGCCGGUUGUUGUAGUUGUGGCCACCGAUUCGGAUUCGGGUAGCUUCGGUACGAUCAGCUAUCGUAUUGUGGCUGGUAAUGAGGCCGGCAUCUUCCGCAUGGACCGAUUGACGGGAGAAAUUUUUGUCACGCGUCCAAACAUGCUGUCGAGUCGGACGCAGCCCUACCAUCGGCUAAACAUUUCCGCCAGCGACGGUGGUGGCCUGCGGUCAACACAUGACGCAGAGGUGUUCAUCAGUGUCAUCGAUGCCACGCAACGACCACCAAUCUUCGACAAACCGCGUUACACUUACUACGUAAAGGAAGAUGUGAAACGGAAUACAGUAGUCGGGACGGUUUCGGCAACAAGCAGCAACUCAGGCAAUCGUGGAUCGCUUCGGUACUUUAUCUACUCCGGAGAUCCUGACGGAUUUUUCGCUAUCGAUCCAGUGUCUGGAAACAUUCGGGUGGCUAAUGCGUUAGAUCAUGAAACCAAGCCUCAAGUUCUACUCAAUAUUCAGGCUACAAGUGGCGAUCCACCUGCCUACGGUCACACACAGGUCAAUAUCGACAUUGAGGACGUUAAUGAUAAUCCGCCAGAGUUUGAGUCGAACACAGUGCGCAUCUCUGUGCCGGAGAAUGUGGAGAUUGGUUCACCGCUCUACGAGGCUAACGCACAGGAUAAAGAUUCAGGCAUGAGUGGUGUGAUUACGUACAUGUUGGCUGGCCAGGGCAAUCCACUAAGUGGUGCAAGGUCAAGUUUGUUCAGCAUGGACAGCCGUAGUGGACAUCUAACCCUAGCGCGACCACUCGACUAUGAGUCCAUCCAGCGUCACACGCUAGUAGUGACGGCAUCCGACUCUGGAACGCCAUCACUCUCUACCAAUCUGACCAUUCUGGUGGAGGUACAAGACGUAAAUGACAAUGCACCCAUUUUCGAACGAAACGAGUAUGCCAUCACGGUAAUUGAGUCAACACCCAGCAAUUCACAGAUACUCCAAGUCAGUGCGACCGAUGCCGACACGGGAAACAAUGCCCGACUGACGUACAAAAUUCUUGGCGAAGAUCACCAGCGUACCGGCAAAUCGACACAACCGGCAUCACCCGACGAGCCUGUUGCAGAAAUUUUUGGCAUCUUUCCCAAUAGUGGUUGGAUCUAUCUUCGGACUAAACUCGAUCGGGAAGUAAAAGAACGGUACAACAUCACUGUGAUAGUUAGCGAUAACGGUGUUCCGACGCUUACUGCGACCACUCAUGUCAUCGUCACGAUCCUUGACGCCAACGAUAAUAGUCCAAUUUUUGCGAAGAAUUUGUACGAGUUCGAAAUCGAGGAAAAUAUGCGUCGUGGUGCGAUGAUCGGUACCGUUUCGGCAUCAGACUCCGAUGCGGGAAUUAAUGCCGUCGUGCGAUACAGUCUCAUACCCAGCAACACCAGCUUCCAGAUAAAUCCUGUCUCAGGUGAAAUAACAACACGUGAUUCGCUUGAUCGAGAAACGAAAGCAUCCUACGAUCUGGUUGUGGAAGCACGCGACCAAGGUACACCUUACCGGAGCUCGCGAGUGUCGGUCCAGAUACAAAUACUGGACGUUAACGACAAUGCACCCGAUAUUGUCGACCCGCAAGAAGAUGUUGUGAGCGUGCGCGAGGAACAACCGAUCGGGACUGAGGUGGUAAAAGUUCGUGCGAUUGAUCGCGAUCACGGUCAGAACGCUUCCAUCAGUUACUCCAUCCUUAAGGGUCGCGAUUCUGAUGGGUACGGCAUGUUCUCGAUCGACCCGAUGAGUGGCGUGAUUCGUACCAAAACGUCGUUAGAUCAUGAAGAGAAAACGAUCUACCGACUGGCGGUAGCCGCUACGGACAAUGGAAAACCCCCCAAGCAAACAGUUCGUCUGCUAAGAAUCGAGGUGCUAGAUCUGAACGAUAACCGGCCUACGUUUACCAGUUCCAGCUUAGUGUUUAGGUUACGUGAAGACGUCGGCGUUGGACACAUCAUUGGAUCGAUUAGUGGCAACGAACAAUCGGACGCGGAAAAUCUCAUUUCGAGCAGCAAUGAUUUGCAUAUUACCUACACGCUUACCCCGCUAACGAACGACAUCACCGAGGGUGCUUUUGACAUUGAUCGUAACUCGGGCAAGCUGGUUGUCGCUAGGCAGCUCGAUCGAGAAAAGCAGAGUGAGUAUCGCAUGGAAAUACGCGCGCUGGACACGAGUGCUAGCAACAAUCCACAGAGUUCCGCCGUCACAGUGAAGAUCGAAAUAGCAGACGUGAACGAUAAUCCUCCGAAAUGGCCCAGCGAUCCGAUCAAUGUCUACGUAUCCGAGGACACUCCUGUCGGAGCAAUCGUGUAUAAUUUCACCGUGCAAGACAACGAUACUGGUACGAACGCUGAAAUUAAGUACAACCUUUCCAAGCCAGCACAACUCGCGCAGAAGGAGUAUUUCGCUAUCGACUCCCUAACAGGAUCUCUUACGUUGCUUGCACCGCUUGAUCACGAGGACACUCAAGAGUUCCUGCUGAUCGUGCAAGCCACAGAUCAGUCAUCAAACGUCACCGAGCGACUAACCACUUCCGCCACGGCACGCAUCAUGGUGACGGACGUCAACGACAACUCGCCAAAGUUUGUGAUCCCACAAACGGCGGACGGUGUGGUGUACAUUAGCGACUCGUUGGAAAUUGAUCAAGUCGUAUCGCACGUGGUCGCUAUCGAUCGCGAUAGCGGAGAGAAUGGUCACAUUGCGUACACUUUUGCUGGAGGCAACGAAGACGAACGAUUCACAAUUGAUUCUAACUCCGGAAUUAUCCGACUAGCGAAGCCUUUCAGCAGCAACUUCAUCAUGGACAGUGGCAAACGAAACUCGGUGAGCGGGAAAUAUCAUCUAGUAAUAUCUGCCAGCGAUCACGGCUCACCAAGAGCGCGUGAAGCGAAAAUUACGUUACAAAUCAUUAUCCAGAACAUGACCAACAAUCCGCCACGCUUCGUGGAACCAGUGUACUACGUCAACAUUACGGAAAAUGUUCCUAGCGGUAGCUUUGUGGUGCGCGUCUCAGCCAGAUCCCACUCGGACGCUGGUUCUGUUGGUUCGCUUAAUCUAACGUAUGAAAUUCCGAAAGGUGUCGGUGAGGAUCACUUUGCAGUUGAUCCAGUGCGUGGUAUUGUCACGACACGUGGAACCUUUGAUCGGGAGUCGAAAGAUCUCUACACAAUACCGAUCUACGUGACGGAAGGGGGUCGUUUUAAGAAAGCGUCAACUGCUUCAGUUUCUAGCCAGGAGAUGGUUCAGUUCGAUGUGGCUACACUUGUCGUGCGCAUUACCGAUGUUAACGAUCACGCCCCGGAGUUUGUGCAAGGGUCAUGCUAUCCACUAGCAGUGCCCGAAAAUAGCGAACUCUCAGUCAUACACACCGUCGUUGCUACGGAUGCAGACGAUGGCCUGAACAGUGAAAUUACUUACAGUAUUUCAGGAGGAAACAUGGGAAACAAGUUCAGUAUUGAUCUUCACACGGGUGCUCUAACCGCUCGUCCACUAGACCGCGAAGUGCACGCAAGGUACGUUCUGCAGAUAACGGCACAGGAUCGAGGUUCGCCCGUGUCUCAUCAGGGCCACUGCAACAUCACCAUUCGGGUAGAGGAUGAAAAUGACAACGAUCCUAAAUUUGAGCUACAAAAAUACAUCGCUACGAUCGAUGAAGACGCUCAAAUUGGAACUACUGUGCUCACCGUCAAAGCUAUCGAUGCAGAUGUGGGCAUCAAUGCUCGCAUCGUUUACUCGCUGGCCAACGUUACCGAAUGGUUGUUCAACAUUGACAGCAAAACUGGAGUUAUCACUACUGCUGGACUUUUCGAUCGCGAGCGGCAAAAUGUGUAUAACUUUAUGGUGGUGGCGAUGGACGGCGGACGGUAUAAUGCUCGCUCACAAAACGUCCCCGUACAGGUCAUUAUAGCCGAUGUUAACGACAACAAACCCGUGUUCGAUAAGUAUCCGUUUCGAGAGCAGAUCGGAGCGCUCGUGCAACCGGGUCAAACGCUCCUGCACAUCUCCGCUACCGACAGCGAUCAGGGCAGUAAUGGUGAAAUUGUGUACAGUCUGAACGAAAAUUCCAACAGCAUUGGCAAGUUUCGCAUCAACCCUACCACCGGCGCAUUAAGCGCAACGCAAAGCUUAGCCAGUGAGAAUGGUCGCCUGCUGCACAUCGAAGUUACGGCACGAGACAAAGGCAACCCUCCGCAGAUUGCCACCGGAUUGAUCGAACUGCGUGUCGGCGAAGUACAGCAGGAACUGCCGGUACUGCGGUUCCAAAACAAUUCCUACCGAGUAAUGCUGUCGGAGAACACACCAGUCGGUCAGCCAGUGUUGCAGCUCAGUGCCGUUCGCAGUGACGGCCGCAGACAAAAAAUCAUCUACAGCUUUGGAUCAGGCAACGAGGACGGUACGUUCUCGAUCGAUGCCGUAACCGGUGAGAUCCGGAUCCGGAACUCGCACAACCUCGACUACGAACGGUUCAGUCGACUUAAGAGCGAGGGUAUUGAACUGGUGGCCGUAGCACGCACUGAUGGCACUCCACUACUCUAUGGUUACACGACGAUAAUCGUGGAGCUGCGCGAUGAAAAUGACAAUGCACCACGUUUCACGCAACAACAGUACGCUGCCUCCGUCUGGGAGGGUAACAGCAAGGGCACGUUCGUGAUCAAGGUCGGUGCGUUCGACUCGGAUCAGGGAGCAAAUGCGCGCAUCCUGUAUCACAUCGUCGAUGGAAACCAUGACAACGCGUUUAUCAUCGAACCGGCGUUUAGUGGAAUCGUUAAAACAAACAUCGUGCUCGACAGGGAGAUCCGCGACAAGUACAAGCUGAAGGUGAUCGCCACGGACGAAGGCGUCCCGCAGAUGACGGGUACCGCUACCAUUAACGUGAACGUAGUGGAUGUCAAUGACAACCAGCCGACCUUUCCACCGAACACCGUCAUCAGCGUCAGCGAAGUUACAAGUGUCGGUACGGUGCUCACCACUAUCACCGCCAACGAUGUGGACACAAAUCCACCGUUGACGUACAGUUUCGCCGAGCUGAACGAUGACGAUGCCACCAGCUACUUCUCGAUUGAUCGCUACAGUGGUAAGAUCAUUCUCAUACGCCCGCUAGACUACGAGGAUCGGCACGAGUUUCUCCUACGAUUGCUGGCUUCCGAUUCGGCGCAUGUCGCACGCACAACGCUCACCGUGCGUGUGCUCGAUGUGAACGAUAAUGCGCCGAUCUUCCAGCAGAUCACCUAUCACGCCAUGCUAUCCGAUCCAAAAGACGGUAGCAACACGAACGUGAUGAUCCUUUCCGUCAAUGCCACCGAUGCAGACAGUGAACCGAAUGCCAUCGUACGCUACUCGAUUGUCUCACCGAAAGGAUCGGUCACCGGUGGGUUCACUAUCGACGAAUCGACAGGCCAAUUGUUCGCGAAUAUUAGCCAACUUUCAACUAACGGUAUGGGUGGAACGCUUUACCUUACCGUAGCAGCGACGGACUCUGGCCAACCAGCACUUUCGUCCACCACAACCGUGCGGUUGGAAAUUAAAUCGAAAGGCAAAGUGAACCCACAGUACGUCCAGAGUCAGUACCGUGUGUCGGUCAAUGAAGAAGCCCUCCCCGGGACGACAGUCGUUAAUCUGAUUCCCAAAUCGGUGCUGCAACAACAGUCCAGUGCAGAUUCGGCAAUUGCAUUUGAAAUUAUCGAUGGCAACGAGGACUCCGUGUUCGAUGUUACGUACCCCGAUGGAGCAAUAGUGCUGGUGGAUCGACUCGAUCGUGAGCGUGUUGACUACUACGAACUAAAGCUGGUCACUGUUGAGCCUGGCACACGGCACAUGAACAGACCAGAUGCGAGUCUCAGCACGAUCGUGCGUGUCAUAAUUACGGUAGAGGAUGCCAAUGACAAUGCGCCAGAAUUCCAACCGGGUACCUACGAAGCUACGAUAGCUGAGCUGGUACCGAUCAAACAUUCCAUCGCAAAACUGUCCGCUCUCGAUGCCGAUCAGUCGGGGUCUCCCAGCUCGGAAGUGAUCUACCAGAUAAUAUCCGGCAAUGAUAGUGGCAUGUUUUCGAUCGAUCUGGUAUCGGGAUUGCUGUACACCAACAAGUACCUGGACUACGAUCACGGCCAGACGCAGUACAAUCUCGUUAUACGAGCGUGCGAUAGCCACUCCGCACCACGUUGCGCUGUGCAUCCAUUUACGAUUGCGCUUUCGGACGAAAAUGACAACGAACCCCAGUUCCCAGUGCCGGAGUAUUUGGAAUUUGUAGGAGAGAACGAACCAAUUGGUAUCAGCAUCUUCACCGCACGGGCCACCGAUAUCGAUCGUGGACCGUUUGGUAUUGUUAACUACACGAUCGACAGUGUACUGUCCGGGUCGUAUUCUGGGCUAGACGACAGCUGGAAGCUGUUCAAGGUAGAUCCAACGAGUGGAGUUGUCAACUCGAACGCCGUAUUCGACUACGAAGAGAAGAACCGUUAUGCUUUCGCACUGCGAGCCACUGACACGGGUGGUAAGUCCAAAACCGUUCGUGUGAAGAUUGUUAUCGAGAGUCGCGAUGAGUUCAGUCCGCAGUUUACGGAGCGUACGUAUCGAUUCGUUAUCAAAACACCCGAAUCGGGACAACUGCCCGUGGGGUAUGUGGUAGGUCACGUGACAGCGACUGAUCGUGAUCGUGGACCGGAUGGGCGCAUUGUUUAUCAGCUUACGACACAACAUCCAUACUUCAAGAUGAACCGUACGACGGGUGCCAUCCUCAUCAAGAAACGACUAGACAACGUGGCAACGAUGCUGGACGCUGGACGGGACAUCAGUCUCGUAGUGACGGCAGGCUCUGGUAGACAGGGAUCACUCACCAACAUGACUGUGGUCGAGAUUGGGAUCGAUGCGCUUGGACACCUUAAGGGCAACGAACUGGGCAGCGGUGUCGGUGGCAGUGGUAGCUACGAGAACUCCCAGUCCGUGUCUGCCGGUGGUGGGUUCGCCAAUUGGGCGGUCGGGUUGGUGAUUUCGUUGCUUCUAAUAAUCAUCGGUGUGGCAUCAGUCUUCCUUUUCUUGCACAUGCGCAACCGACAACAGAAACACGUCAACAAAACUGGGCUUAGCUCGGAGUCGGUCGGACACUCGAACAAUUACGUUGAUCCAAGUGCGUUUGACACGAUCCCCAUCCGAGGGUCGUCUAGUGGUGCAACAGGCGCUGGCCAGUUUGCUCCACCGAAAUACGAUGAAAUACCACCGUACGGAGCGAGUUCCAAUUCGGGUGCGGCCACCACGUCAGAAUUGUCGGGCUCAGAACAGUCGGGUUCGAGUGGGCGCGGUUCUGCAGAGGAUGAUGGUGAGGAUGAGGAGAUUCGCAUGAUCAACGAAGGUGGCCCACUGCAACGGGAUGGGCUCCAGCUUGACGGUCGCCUGUCGGAUGUGUCGGUACAAAACACGCAGGAAUACCUAGCGCGGCUCGGUAUCGUUGACAACGGCACGACUGGGAAUGCGUCCAACUCAUCACGCCGUUGCUCGGAGAGUAUGGGACUCGGUAGCUCGAAAGACGCCAUGUUGCAUACACUACCGAUCGACACGCUGCACAUGUUCCACGACGACGAGCACCAUCGUGAAUCCGACCUCACCAACCUCAUCUACGCAAAGCUGAACGAUGUCACCAACAACAGUGAUCGCGCGAGCAGCGUGGACGAGACAGUCACGAAUGCAGGCAGCAUCGGUGCAACGGUCGAUCACGUCAUGAUGGGAGGCUAUGGCGAUGUGCCUGUCGUGGGCAAUCAGCAAGGAAUCUCGAUGAAUGGCUCCCUCAGCUCGAUCGUACACAGUGAGGAAGAGCUCACGGGCAGCUACAACUGGGACUAUCUGCUCGAUUGGGGCCCACAGUACCAACCGCUGGCCCACGUGUUCUCCGAGAUUGCUCGACUCAAAGACGACACACUGUCCGUCCAGAGUGGCAAUAGCGGAACGUCCAGCGCAAAGAGCAAGAACUCGUUACACCACACGGUGAAAACGCUACCACCGCCACUGCUGACGAAUGUGGCACCACGGUCCAUCAAUGUGCCCGUCUUUGCCGGUCGUAACAACCCGGGCAGUCAUCACGGGGGCGCCCCCAACCAGUACCUGUUGCCCCGCUCUCCCAUUAGUCAUGAUUCGGCCGCCGGCUUCAGUACUUCCUCAGCCAUGUCACCAAGCUUCUCGCCGUCCCUUUCCCCGCUAGCGACACGAUCACCCUCGAUUUCGCCGCACGUUGUCUCGACGGGUAUGCCCACGUCCCACCACAUGGUUUCGCUACCUCGACCUCCACAACAGCGAGGGCCCGCCGGUCAGAGGAAACCCUACUGACGCGUUUUCCUGUCCACGCGAACCAAAUUUUCCCCUUCGGAUGGCUGUGUAGGUCUAAGGUCCCUUUCCAAAAACAAAAACGAAACGUAAG